CCCUCUGGAGCGGAGGUAAGCGUGCCUUCCACCGGAAGCCCGGAAUCGAGCUGAAAAUCAAGCCCAGCGGAGGAGUGCUGCGUACCGCGACUACCUCUUCCAGCGCACAGCGCAGUCCUUGUCUUUCACGCCGCAAUUUAGAUUUUUCACGCCCAACUCUUACAAGAUCCUGAGGCCCCACCCCAUCCUCCUCAUCCCAAUUCCACCUGCAAAUUACUGCAUAACCUGAACCCAGAAAAGGAAGAUAUUUCGCGCCCCGGUCCGCCCUUACCCUUAUCGGUAGAGGCCCGGACAGGUUCUCUCCCGGCUUUUCCGGCCUCACCUCCCACACUCUCCUGCCUGUGCGCUGGAGGUCCUCCGCCUCCCCGACCAUGGCCCAGAAGCCGAAGGUAGACCCCCACGUUGGGCGCCUGGGGUACCUGCAGGCGCUGGUCACGGAAUUCCAGGAGACGGAGAGCCCAGACGCCAAGGAACAAGUCCUGGCCAACCUCGCCAAUUUCGCCUAUGAUCCCAGCAAUUACCAGUAUCUGCGGCAGCUGCAGGUCCUUGAUUUAUUCCUCGAUUCGCUGUCGGAGGAGAAUGAGACCCUGGUGGAGUUUGCUAUUGGAGGUCUUUGCAACCUGUGCUCAGACAAGGCCAACAAGGAGCACAUCCUGCAGACAGGGGGCAUCCCACUCAUCAUCAACUGCCUGUCCAGUCCCAACGAGGAGACUGUGCUAUCUGCUGUCACCACGAUCAUGUACCUGAGCUCACCAGGCUCUAGCUCCCACCCAGAGCUGACCGCCAUGCCCGUGGUCCAGUGCAUGCUGCGCUUCUCUCUCUCGGCCAACACGAGGCUCCGGAACCUGGCCCAGAUCUUCCUGGAAGACUUCUGUUCUCCAAGCCAGGUGGCUGAAGCCCGCAGCUGGCGGGGUCACUCUGCCCUGGGUAUUCCCCUGCCAAGGACCGAGGCCCCACAGCAGCCCUGAUCCAAGGAGACUUCAAGGCCAUGGCACCCCCACUGCCAGAGACAAGACCAAAUCCUCAUGGGGGCUCAGGAAGCAGGAGCAGCAUAGCUCCCACUGAGCACAUUCUCCCCAAAUGGUGCCUUUUCGGCCAUUGUAAAGGUGAGUUUUCUCAGCAUGACAGGUAUUUACACUGUGAUGAAAGGCAUUAGGAGAUGAGUGAGAACGCCAGACUUCGGGACACACGGAGAAGGAAAUCAGAGGCAGUGCCGUUGUCACAGGCUGGCACUCUGAACCAACUAGAGGUGAAGGUCCUGCCUCCCAGCCCACCCCACUGCCAGGCUCUCACUCUCGUGUAAGAAGCACCAGGGUCCCUAGAUCCAGAGGCUGUGCAGAAGGCGGUUCUCCUGAGGAGCAGCUGGGCCUGGGGCUUAGGAGAAUUGCCUAAGCUUGAGGAAUUGAGGAAACAGGCUUUAUCCCUUAACAGAAGUGUCUGGAGUAAUUUUGAAGAAUAGAAAUGAGAAGCCUUGUUGUUACAAGUAUCUUGGGGCUCUGGGAGGGUGUUGUGCCCACUCCAGGGCUACGAAGCCUGGGUACCUGCCCCACAAGGUCUCUAGGCCAGGCAUUGGGUAUGGUGGGCACUGGCCUGGAGAACACUAUUGCCCAAGAUUACCCGUUUAUCCACACAGGCCUGUCUGCUAGGCACCGUGUUAGGGCUUCAAAGACGAAGAUGUGGUCCCUGCUCUUGAGUGACGUAGCCCAGUGACUGUUAAUAUGGCCGUCAGGCAUUAAGACCAAGGCCAUGAGGGUGACACAUCAGAAUACAAGCACAAAUCCGUGGAGUUGUGUCUUCUCCCCUCAGUACACCAUGGUCUCCACCUGAAAGCCCUGGCCCUCCUUCUCUGCCCUCAGGGCUAGUGACAGGGAGUCCCUGUCCCUGAAGUGCGUCUCAGGCUCAGGAGGGCUUCAGGGAUGCAAGUAAGAGUGGUGCUCAAGGGAGAGGACCAGGUACCGACAUCAAGUGUGUGGCUUGGAGUCCACGAUGUACGCUGGUUUGCACAGGGGAAGGGGUGUGGGACUCCCGUGCAAAGUUGGGGUUCAGGAGCAAUGGGGGGAUCCUGGUCUCCCUUCUGUACUCCCUUAAGGUUGACCUCUUACAGGCCAAGGAAAGGCAGAGGCAGAGGCAUGGUAUCCAGGUCGACGUGGAGGUGGGGAGGAUUAUGGGACUAAUGGAUAAGAAGAAAGAUGGAGGGAGGGAAGGCCUCCUCCUCAGCCUCUAUUCCAACUGCCUCCCUAGGGCUCCUGUCCCUUUACUUUCCCAAAUAAAGGACCUUAAAAGAGCAGCGAGCCAAAGUGUUUUAUUAA